AUGCAAAGGCCAAACAGUCCAAUCUCCUUGCUCGACCUUUUCUCCCUCGCCCUCCAAGCGAUUCAUCAAGUUGCGUCUGCACAACACCAGGUUCCAUUCGACCAAUUCUUGACCACAGUCAAGGCAGCAAGCUUCCCACGAUGGAAGCACAGCGCUGUCGACGAUGUCGAUGAGCAAUCAUUCAACCAGAUAAAGGCCCACAUUCUCGACAUGUACAGCGGCGUUGGGAAUGUCGCUCAUUCUUUCUUGCAUGACGACCGCUAUGCCGACUGUAUCGACAUCAAUAAGCAGCCAUCUCUUGCAGGUCGAACCCCAGUCGUAUCCCCUCUGACACAAAACCUGAAAGAUCCGUUCGGCAACGAUAUAUCUUGUCCUGAAGGAACCAUUCCAUUCGCUCGCCUGACAUUCGAGCGGAUAGCCACCUACCCCACGUUUGCCGCUUUCGCCAGUCCUGUCAGAGAUUUCAGCAUCUCCCAGCAGUGGUACGUAAGCAGGUCCGGAAAAAGCCUUCAAACGGCCGAAGGGGGGUGGAUGGCCAUCCUCCCGCAGCACUUCAGUACACAGGCGGCAGUGCUCUUCAUCUUCUGGACAUCCAACGCGUACUCUACGGGCUGUUUCAGCCCGGAGUGCAAAGCCUUCGUGCAGACCAACAACAACUGGCACCUCGGAGGGACUUUCGGCCAGUACAGCGUUACGGGUGGUGAUCAGAAAGGUUUCGACCUGCAGUGGAAACGGGUGCGGGCGCAGCCCGGGUAUUACCCCGGCUCGAUCCACAACAGAGGACAGCUUACCAAGAAUGCGGAACUCAUCGAGUAUGGCGGCGAAGUUUUGAGGUUCACUGCGACAGGUGUCUGGCCGCAGAUGGGUAGCGGAGUGUUCCCGGACAAACAGGCUGCUUACCAGAACACCAUCUAUGACAACCCGCCCGACGUGAAUGCUAGCGUUGGUGUUUGGUCAGACUUGACAAAGGUCGAUAUAGGCAGCCGCAGCUGCUGGGAUAUCAACAAUACAAAGUUAGCUCAGGGAGGCGAUUGGGGUACUUUCUUCUUCAGUGGGCCAGGUGGCAACAGGUGCUGA